AUGACUGUUAUAUUGAUAAAAUCAUUAAUUAAACGAUGUUUUACAACAGGUCCAAAACGAACAAUUAUUGAUGUUCAGAAAGCUCUUGAAAAACAUAUAUCGAUUAUCAAACAGAAUGAUACAGCAAUAAGUAAAGUGGAGAAAUUUCAAAGUCGAAUGAUGAAUGAUAGCCGUGAUCAGGUAUUGAUCCCAUUAAGCUUAAAAAGUUCAAAUAUAGAAUUUCAUACUAAAUACAUCAAUUGGCGUAAUCACGUACGCUUUGGUAUGCUUCUCGAAGAUCUUGAUACAUUUGCUGUUUGGUUAGCUUAUCGACAUAAUCAAGGAGAGAUAGGUGUGCAUUCGAAUUCGAAUGAUUUCGAACCGAUCACAUUUGUUACAGCAUGUGUCGAUCAUAUUAGAAUGGAUGAUAAAUAUGAUAUUGUGCUUGAUGAAGAUAUUUACAUGGAUGGUUUUGUAAGUUGGGUUGGCAGAUCAAGUCUUGAAACAUCAAUGCAACUCUCACAAAAAAUUAAUGGUGUGACUAAAAAAUUUUUACAAACAAAAUUUGUAAUUGUUGCGCGUGAUGCAAAAGGUAAACGAUCAAUACCUAAUGUUCCAUUAAUUGUUACAAAUGAUAAAGAGGAAGCAAUUUUUAAUGAUGGAAAAGAAGGUCAAAGGUUGCGUAAGUUAAAUGAAGAAUGUUCGUUGUUGAAAAGGCCACCUAAUGAAAGUGAAAUCAAAAUAUUGCAUGAUAUUUUCAAAAAAAAUAUUCAAUCUGGAAGUCAAAAAAGUCAUAGUCGAAUUUUACCAUUAAAUCAUGUAUGGAUUCAUGAUGCUCAUCUUAGUGAUACCAUUGUUUGUUUUCCAAUAAAACGAAAUAUUUAUGGUAAAAUAUUUGGUGGUUUUCUAAUGCGAAAAGCUUUAGAAUUAGCUUGGUCAAAUGCAUCAUUAUUUAGUGGAAAUCGUUGUCGUAUAUGUGGUGUAGAUGAUAUUAUGUUUCGAAAAAGUGUUGAUGUUGGUUCAAUUUUAUUACUUUCAAGCCAGGUUUGCUACAGUACUGAUCAUUACAUGGAAGUUCUUGUUGAUGCCGAAGUUUUAGACGUUGUAACCGGAAAUCGUGAAUUAACAAAUACAUUUUAUUUAACAUUUCAAUCGGAUCGUAUUGUACCAACUGUUGUACCAUAUUCAUAUUCAGAAGGAAUGCUUUACUUAGAUGCAAAACGACAUUUCGAUGGAUUUCUUUCACAGCAUCACAAAGUAAUUCAAUAA